GCGGCCGGCGGGGCCAUGAGGGCGGGCCGCGCCGCGGGGCCGGCCCUGCUGCUGCUGGCGGCCGCCGCCGCCCUGCUCCUCUUGGGCGGGGAACCGGCGCGGGGCUCGGAGGACAUCGUGGUGGGCUGCGGGGGCUUCGUCAAGUCGGAGGUGGAGAUCAACUACUCCCUCAUCGAGAUUAAGCUGUAUACUAAACAUGGAACAUUGAAAUACCAAACAGACUGUGCCCCCAACAAUGGCUACUUCAUGAUUCCCCUCUAUGACAAGGGGGAUUUCAUUCUUAAAAUUGAGCCUCCCCUAGGGUGGAGUUUCGAACCAACAAGUGUAGAUCUUCAUGUUGAUGGCGUUAAUGACAUCUGCACAAAAGGAGGCGAUAUCAACUUUGUGUUUACCGGGUUUUCAGUCAAUGGCAAGGUACUCAGUAAAGGGCAGGUUUUGGGGCCUGCAGGAGUUCGGGUUGCCCUGAGAAACGUGGGGAAUGAAGCUAACAUGCAGUCUACUGUGACUCAGCCUGGUGGAAAGUUUGCAUUUUUUAAGGUGCUCCCCGGAGAGUACGAAAUCUUUGCAUCCCAUCCAACCUGGGCUAUGAAAGAAGCCAGUACCACAGUUCGAGUAACUAAUUCUAAUGCCUACGCCGCCAGUCCCCUAGUAGUGGCCGGCUACAACGUUUCCGGCUUUGUCCGAAGUGAUGGGGAGCCGAUGAAGGGGGUUACGUUUCUCCUCUUCUCUUCUUCAGUCACUAAAGAGGAUAUUUUGGGCUGUAAUAUUUCCCCGGUUGAUGGAUUCCAGCCGCAAGAUGAGAAGCUGUUCUAUUUGUGCAGUGUCAUUUCAAAAGAAGACGGCUCUUUCUCCUUCUUUUCUUUACCAAGUGGAGGCUACACUGUGAUACCGUUCUAUCGGGGAGAGAGGAUCACAUUUGAUGUGGCUCCCGCUCGACUGGACUUCACAGUAGAGCACGACAGUUUGAAAAUUGAGCCUGUUUUCCGCGUAAUGGGCUUCUCAGUCACCGGCAGAGUUUUGAACGGACCUGAGGGUGAAGGUGUCGUCGAUGCUAUAGUGACUCUCAACAGUCAAAUUCAAGUGAAAACGAAAGCCGAUGGCUCCUUCCGUCUAGAGAACAUAACAACGGGAACGUAUACUAUUCAAGCUCAAAAAGAGCAUCUCUAUUUUGAUACUAUUACCGUCAAAAUCGCCCCCAACACUCCCCAACUGGCUGACAUAGUAGCAACAGGGUUUAGUGUUUGUGGUCAUAUAUCUAUCACUCGCUUCCCUGACACAAUCAAGCAGAUUGGUAGAUACAGAAUCACCAUGUCACCUCAAGACAAGGACAGGUCUCUGACUGCAGUAGAGACAGACACUCAUGGAGCAUUCUGCUUUAAGGCAAGAGCCGGAAGUUACAUAAUUCAGGUGGUUGUUCCUGAGGCUGAAAUCCGAGCGGGGCUGGCUUUGAAACCUAAAAUGUUUCCCAUUACUGUAGUUGACAGACCUGUGAUGGAUGUGAUCUUUUCCCAGUUUUUGGCAUCAGUUUCGGGGAAAGUUUCUUGUCUGGAUACUUGCGGUGACUUGGUAGUGACUCUGCAGUCCUUGAGUCGCCAAGGAGAAAAACGAAGCCUCCAGCUUUCCGGCAAGACCGACUCCGUGACUUUCACGUUUGACAAUGUGCUUCCGGGAAAAUAUAAAAUUAGUAUCAUACACGAAGAUUGGUGCUGGAGGAAUAAGUCUCUGGAGGUGGAAGUUACAGAAGACGACGCAUCAGGGAUCGAGUUUAGGCAGACGGGCUACAUGUUGAGAUGUUCACUUUCCCAUGCAAUUACCCUGGAAUUUUAUCAGGAUGGAAAUGGACCGGAGAAUGUGGGAAUUUAUAACCUGUCCAAAGGAGUGAACCGAUUCUGUCUUUCAAAGCCUGGUGUGUACAAAGUGACCCCACGCUCCUGCCACCGGUUUGAACAUGGGUACUACACUUACGACACGUCCUCGCCCAGCAUCUUAACGCUGACGGCCAUUCGUCACCACGUCCUUGGAACUAUCACCACCGACAAACUGCUGGAUGUGACUGUGACCAUUAAGUCUUCAAUCGACAGCGAGCCUGCCUUAGUCUUAGGCCCCCUCAAAUCCUUGCAGGAAAUGCGGAGGGAGCAGCAGCUGGCUGAAAUUAAGACCCGGAGGCAGGAGAGAGAAAAGAACGGCAAAGGAGAAGGAGGAGGCGGGACAAAGCCACCAGUCCAAGAGAUGGUUGAUGAACUGCAGGGGCCGUUUUUGUAUGAUUUCUCCUAUUGGGCGAGGUCCGGGGAGAAGAUAACCGUUACACCUUCGUCUAAAGAGCUCCUCUUCUACCCCCCUUCUGUGGAAACGGUCGUCAGUGGAGAAACCUGUCCUGGGAAGCUGAUAGAGAUCCAAGGAAAAGCAGGCUUGUUCCUGGAAGGUCAGAUUCACCCAGAAUUGGAGGGAGUUGAGAUUGUUAUUAGUGAAAAGGGAGCACCAUCCCCACUCAUCACAGUUUUCACUGAUGACAGAGGCACUUACAGUGUUGGACCCCUUCACAGCGAUCUGGAAUACACAGUGACCUCACAGAAGGAAGGAUUUGUUUUGACUGCAGUGGAGGGAACCAUUGGAGACUUCAAAGCUUUCGCCUUGGCGGGAGUAACUUUUGAGAUUAAAGCCGAAGAUGACCAGCCCCUCGCCGGAGUCCUUUUGUCCCUCAGUGGCGGCGUUUUCCGUUCCAACCUUCUGACCCAGGACAAUGGCAGGCUGACUUUCUCAAACCUGAGCCCUGGGCAGUAUUACUUUAAACCCAUGAUGAAAGAAUUUCGCUUUGAGCCAUCCUCACAAAUGAUUGAGGUGCAGGAAGGCCAGAAUCUGAAAAUCACCAUCACCGGCCACAGGACGGCUUAUAGUUGUUAUGGAACAAUUUCUUCCUUAAAUGGGGAACCUGAGCAAGGAGUUUCUGUGGAAGCAGUGGGUCAGAAUGACUGCGGUAUUUACGGCGAAGACACCGUAACCGACGAAGAGGGGAAGUUCAGACUACGGGGGCUACUGCCUGGGUGCGUGUACCAUGUUCAGCUCAAGGCCGAAGGCAACGAUCACAUAGAAAGGGCCCUCCCUCAACAUCGCGUGAUUGAGGUUGGCAACAGUGACAUCGAUGAUGUGAACAUCAUAGCGUUUAGGCAGAUCAACCAGUUUGACUUGAGUGGGAAUGUGAUCACUUCCUCUGAGCAUCUUCCUUCACUGUGGGUAAAACUUUACAAAAGUGAAAACCUUGACAAUCCAAUUCAGACCGUCUCCUUAGGCCAGUCUCUCUUCUUCCAUUUCCCACCACUGCUUAGAGAUGGAGAGAAUUACGUGGUGUUACUGGACUCUACUCUGUCCAAAUCCCAGUACGAUUACACUUUGCCGCAGGUUUCUUUCACCGCCACCGGAUACCACAAACACGUUACUUUGAUAUUCAACCCCACGAGAAAGCUGCCUGAACAAGAUAUUGCCCAAGGAUCCUACAUCGCAUUGCCUCUUACACUGCUCCUGCUGCUAGCAGGUUACAACCACGAUAAGCUCAUUCCUCUGCUCCUACAGUUGACUAGUCGCCUGCAAGGAGUGCGCGCACUUGGACAGGCGGGUUCUGACGUUGGCGGCCCGGAGGACGCGAAGAGACAAGCCAAAAAGCAGAAGACGAGGCGAACGUGAGGCUCGAGUAGCGCGGUCUGAAUCCCCGACCGAGGCCGGGCCGGAGCCCGGGGCGCUUCAGAAGACACGAGCGGCUCUUGGGGUGAAACUGUGAACUUCUCGGAGGACUGCCCCGUUCUGUUCGCUCCACUCACUCUCUGCCCUCUUCCCAUUCGAUUUUAUACGGCAUCUGCCUUCCCCACGUAUCGACGAAAGGAGUAGAUCCUUCUGCCGAGCACACUUUUCACAAUCGAAGAUAAUUUAUUUUUUUGUCAUGGAAAUAUUUUAAGCUCCCUCUGGUGAUGUGAGAACGAAAUCCUUAUCUUCAGUCAUGAUUUUCAAGAGAGAUUCAAAUAAACGUGAUCCUUGAUUCUUUUCA